GUUCAGGCCGCGCCCCGCCCCCAGUCCGUCAGCUGCGCGCCCUGGGACCCUAGAGCCGGCGAUUCCUCGCCGGCGCCCCAGCCGCUACUCUGUGCCGGACACUGCGGGCCUUCCGCCGAGAGCGCGUUCGUGACGCACAGACCAGGAUCCUCCGCGGGGCGGCGCACGAACUCCUGGGAAACGUAGUUCGGCCUCGCGUCCCUCUGAGGCGGGACCGCGGACUCCUGGAGGCAAGCACUGAGGACGGGGAGGACUUCAGGUGAAAUGCAUCCCUCCUGUGACUGGAUUGGAGACACAAGAACAGAAACAUCCUGAUCUCUCUACUUUACUGUGCAGGCUUAUGUACUCAUAAAAUGGCAGUUAUGGACCUAUCCUCCACAUGGGCUUUAACUAAACAGAACUCUGCCUGUUUCCAUCUGAGAAAUGCUGAAGAGGAAAGGAUGAUUGCUGUAUUUCUGACAACCUGGUUACAGGAACCAAUGAGUUUCAAAGAUGUAGCUGUGGAGUUCACUCAGGAGGAGUGGAUGAUGCUGGAUUCUGCUCAAAGAAGUCUGUACAGAGAUGUGAUGUUGGAAAACUAUAGAAAUCUCACCUCUGUGGAAUAUCAAUUGUGCAGGCUUACUGUGAUCUCCCCAUUGGAUCAAGAAGAGAUAAGGAAUAUGAAAAAGGGAAUUCCCCAAGCCAUCUGUCCAGACCAGAAGAUUCAACCUAAAACCAAAGAAUCAACUGUGCAGAAAAUUUUGUGGGAGGAACCAUCCAGUGCAGUGAAAAUGAUAAAACUCAAAAUGCAUAAUUGGUCCUCCAUAUUAAGAGAAGACUGGGAAUGCCGUAAGAUCAGAAAACAGCAUAAGAUUCCAGGGGGACAUGGGAGGCAAAUGACAUAUGCCCCAAAGAAAACAGUAUCUCAGGAGCUAUUCCAUGACUAUCAUGAAUUGGAGGAAAACUCUAAACUUAGAUCAAAACUUAUUUUUUCACAGAGCAUUUUCACCAGUAAGCAUUGCCAAAAAUGUUACUCAGAGAUUGGAUGUUUGAAACACAAUUCAAUCAUAAACAAUUAUGUGAAAAACUCUAUAAGUGAGAAGCUCUAUGGAAGUCAUGAAUGUGAUACAACUCUGUGGCAUCUUCAGAGAAAUCAAACAGUACAAAAAGAGUACACAUAUUCUAAACAUGGAAUGCACUUCACACGUAAUAUGUUUUCUGUACCUAACAAUUUGCAUAUGGCACAGAAUGCCUGUGAAGGUAAUAAAGAUGAAAUGCUGUGUCAUCAAUCAUCCCUUAAGAAACAAGGACAAACUCAUACUGAUAAGAAACAUGAAUGUAAUCAAUGUGGAAAAACCUUCAAAAGGAUUUCUAAUCUUACUUUACACAAGAAAAGUCACAUGGGUGAGAAACAAUAUGAAUGUAAAGAAUGUGGUAAAGUGUUCAGUGAUUCCUCAACCUUAAGGAGACAUGUAAGAACUCACACUGGAGAGAAACCCUAUGAAUGUAAUCAAUGUGGAAAAGCUUUCAGUCAAAAAACAUCCCUUAAGGCUCACGUGAGAACUCACACUGGAGAGAAACCUUAUGAAUGUAACCAGUGUGGAAAAUCCUUUGGCACAAGCUCUUACCUUAUAGUGCACAAGAGAAUACACACUGGAGAAAAACUCUAUGAAUGCAGUGAGUGUGGAAAAGCCUUCAACACGAGCUCUCACCUUAAAGUUCAUAAGAAAAUUCAUACCGGAGAGAAUCUUUAUGAAUGCAGUGACUGUGGGAAAGUUUUCAGUGGGCUCUCAUCCCUUAGAAUGCAUAUAAGAACUCACACUGGAGAGAAACCCUAUGAAUGUAAGGAAUGUAGGAAAGCCUUCAGUGUUUCCUCUUCCCUUAGGAGGCAUGUGAGAAUUCACACUGGAGAGAAACCCUAUGAAUGUAUUCAAUGUGGAAAAGCCUUCAGUCAGAGCUCUUCACUUAUUAUACACCAGAGAAUUCAUACUGAGAGAGAAACCCUGUAAGUGUUAUGAAUGUGGAAUUGCUGUUUUCAUUGUCUUAAGGUGGAUUCCAAGCUCCUUGUCUCAGUCUUUGUUCCCUAAAAUAACCAUUUAAGGUUACAAAUGGCUCUUUUUUUAAUAUAACAUUUUGUUCUAUAAAUACUAAUUAUGACUUUUUUUUGAUCCAUGGCUGUUUAGAAUUACGUAUUUUUAAUAUGUGAGGUAGGUAUAUUUUCAGUUAUCUUUUUAUUGUUGGUUUCUGGGUUAAUUCCAUUUUGUUCAGAGAAUCUGGACUAUAUUUUACUGCUUUGUUGGUGUUUUUAUGAAAGUUGUUUUCUGGCCCAGUGAGACUGCUAUUGCUAGCAGCCAACCAAACAUUUGAGCACAUCUUUCCUUACGAAUGAAUUCCAUCUUAGCCAAGAACAAUAAGGUCUCUGGUUAUAGAAUUCUUCUUUGACUUCUUGUAGCUAAGGGUAGCCAUAUCAUUCAUUCUUGCUGAUUCAAAAAUAGACAUAUCACUGGGAACAGAACUAUCUAUCUUGUCCUCUACUUUUUGCACUUCAUCUUUGUCCCUGUGAAUUGGCCAUUCCUGAAGCUGCUGAAAGAGCUAUCUUGUGAUCACGAAAAUGACAACUGUAGCCGAGGGAUGAAGUAGAAGAAAAAGAUCCCUGUUCCUCAAAGAAAUCUUUAAAUAGUUGUACCAGCCCUGCACUGCUUGUAUCUGGACAUGUUCCUAUGUGAGAAAAAUAAGGUUUUUUGUUUGUUUGUUUGUUUUUUGAGAUGGAGUCUCGCUCUGUUGCCCAGGCUGGAGU